UACAAUAAUCAAUUAAAAUUUUUUUUUUUCAAAAUUAUUAUUACUAAUGACUGAACAAUAUAUUAAAAAAAGAACGUUUCUUAAAUUGAAAUUAUGCUAAAUUGUUAAUAAUAAUAAUAAUAAUAAUAAUAAUUUAAAAAAAAAUUACAGUAAUAAUAAUAGUAAUAAUAAAAGAAUAAUAAUAACAAUUAUAAUAAUAAAAAUAAUAAUAAAUAAUAAUAAAUAAUAAUAAAAAUAAUUAAAAAAAUAAUAAAAAAUAAUAAUAACAAUAAUAAUAAUAAUAAUAAUAAUAAUAACAAUAUUAACAAAAACCGGAAAAGUAAAUUUAAAAACAAGAAGAAAAAGAACACGUGUAAGGAAAGAAAAAUAUGCAUCAAAAAGAAAAGAGUCAAGUUUUACUGCAAUAUGGAGCUGCCAUAGUAGCUUCCAUUACAUCCGCCGGAUAUGGUUCAAUAAUGUCCUGGACAUCACCAGCUUUAACCUAUUUAAAAAGUGAUGAAUCCGAAAUAUCCAUAACAAAGGAACAAACAUUAUGGAUUGCACCUCUAUUACCAAUUGGUUUGAUAAUUGGCAAUUUUUUAAAUCCAAUUUUCAUCAAUCGUAUUGGCCGUAAAUGGACACUAAUGCUAUUUGCCCUACCACAAAUUAUUUCAUGGCUGAUUAUUUAUUGUACAAAAAGUCAUAAUGCCAUUUAUUUAGCAAGAAUAAUGGGUGGUAUUGGUUAUGGUGGUGGUGUAUGUGCUGUGACUGUUUAUCUUUCUGAAAUUGGUACACCAAAAAAUAGAGGAAUAUUUUUAACAAUGGUGAAAUUCUCUUUAAGUUUAGGAAUAUUUUUCACACUACUAUUGGGUGCAACAUUAUCCUAUAAUUAUAUGAAUCUUGGUCAUUUAAUGAUGCCAAUAAUAUUUCUUUGUCUCUUCUUCUUUUUGCCGGAUUCAAUUUAUUUUUUGGAAAAAAAUAAAAAUACUUCUUAUCUACUUAACGAUAUCACUGAUGUGAACAAAAAAGAAGAAUCUAAAUUGGAGAAUAAUGAUUUAAAAAAUUCUCCAACAAAUGAUAAUAAUUUAAAAGAAAAUAAUCAUCACGAAAAGGAAACACUUUUAAAUGACAAUAAAUUGGAAAAUAAUUGUCAAAUAAUUUUAAAACAAGAAAAUUCUCCACAAGAUGAUUAUUUAUUGAAAUAUCAUCAAAAUGAAGAUAAUAAUCAUCAAAAAGAAAUUUUAAAGGAGACUAAAAUUUUUCAAAAAAAUUCCCUAAUAAAAAAAUUAAAAGAAUCAUUAUUUUGGAAAAUGUUUUCAACAUCAAAUAAUUUAAUGGCAUUGACAAUAAUUGUUUGUAUUGUGGCACAAGAUUCACUUUCUGGUCAUAUGACGUUAACCUACUUUUCUGAACAAAUGUUAAGUUACAAUGGUUCAAUAUUAACGGCAAAACAAGGAGCAUUAUUUUUAUCAGUUAUGAAAUUAAUAUCAUGUAUUAUUGCAACACAAUUAAUUGAAAGAUUAAAAAGAAGAACAUUGUAUUUUUUCACUGGUAUAUUGGCAUCAUUAUCACAGGGAAUGAUUGGAAUUUUUUUUCUCAUGGAAGAACAAAAAAUUGAUGUAUCAUCAUUUUCAUUUAUUCCAUUUUUAGGUUUAAUUGUUUAUGAAUUUUGUUCAUCAAUGGGUACUAGUAAUUUAUUUUAUGUUCUACAGGGUGAAUUAUUUACAAAUGAUAUUAAAGGAUUGGCAGUGACAUUUGCAAAAAAUAUGUAUAUGGUUUUUGGAUUUAUAUCAAUUAUUAUGUAUCAAGUUAUAAUUGAAGCGUUUAGUGCAUAUGUGUUAUUUUUUAUUUUUUGUUUUUGUGGAAUUAUUCUUUGUAUUGUCACUGUUACUCUAAUGCCCGAAACAAAGGGUAAAAAUAUCGAAGAAAUUCAAAUUUUGCUCAAGAAAAAAAUAUUAUGUUGUAAAUAAAUUAAUUUUUUUUAAAUAGGAAUUUAUUUUUUUAAAAAAAAGACUUUAAAUAGACUUAAAAAUUAUUGUAUUAAAAAUAUUUUUCCGUUCUCAAAAUUCUGAGGAACUAUUAGUUUUAAAAAAAGUGGGAGGAGCUAAAAUAAUACACGCCCUAGUGGGCGGAGCAAUUUCAAGUAGGUCACGCCUCAUGGGGAGGAGAUAAUAAAGUUCCGCCCACUGUGGGAGUAGCUUAUAGGAAACCACGCCUAUGUUAGUAAAACUAUUCCCAAAAAGCCGGAAUUAUAAAAUAAUUAAACGCCCUUUUAGUUAAAACACGCCCACUAUGGGAGUGGCUUAUAUGAAACCACGCCCAUAUUACUAAAGACACUUCCUAAAGGCAUGAGUUGUUAAACAAUUAAACUCCCUUUCAGUCAAGAUACGCCCACUAUGGGAGUGGCUUAUAUAAAACCACGCCCACAUUGGUGAAGUUACUCCCUAAAGGCCAGAGUUGUUAAAUAAUUAAACCCCCUUUUAGUAGAAACACGCCCACUAUGGGAGUGGCUUAUAGGAAACCACGCCCAUAUUGUGGAAGUUAUUAAUAAUUAAACGCCCAUUCAGUCAAGACACGCCCACUAUGGGAGUGGUUUAUAUAAGACCACGCCCACUUUAGUGAACAUACUCCCAAAAGGCCAGAGUUAAAUAAUUAAACGCCCUUUUAGUAGAAACACGCCCACUAUGGGAGUGGCUUAUAAGAAACCACGCCCAUAUUGUGGAAGUUAUUAAUAAUUAAACGCCCUUUCAGUCAAGACACGCCCACUAUGGGAGUGGUUUAUAUGAAAUCACGCCCACUUUAGUGAAGAUACUCCCAAAAGGCCGGAGUUAAAUAAUUAAAUGCCCUUUUACUUAAAACACGCCCACUGUGGGAGUCACUUUUUGUAAACCACGCCCAUAUUGGAGAAGUUAUUCUUCCUCUAUUCUUUCUCGUUGAAAUUUAGUUCAGUCUAGUGGGUGGGGUUAAAUUCUGACACGCCUAGAAAUGGGUACGACUGUUUUAGAAAUUAGAAAACCUUGAAUAAACGUUCUAGAAAUGAAUUUGUAUUAUUUUUUAACGUGUAUAAAUUUAUAAUUACAAUACAAAUAAUAAUUAGCUACUGUAAAAUAAAGAAAUUUAAAUUUUGUGUAAAGAAACAAGAGAUGAAUAAAAAUUGUUUACAUUAUAAGAAAUAGAAAAAAUAUAUUCUAAACUUAAUUAUGUUUUUUUUUAAUUAAUUAAUGUUUAUCUGCAGAUAAUUUUUAAUUAAAUUAAUAGAAAGUAUUUGAAAAAAAAUUUGGUUUAAUUAAUUUCCAGAUUUUCCAUUGUUCAUUUAUUAUUGUGAAAUCAUUAAAUAGAAUGUAAGACGUGUGGCAAAGAUACUAAAAAGCUCAUGUCAAUCACGACAAACGUUUACUUUGGAAUUAUCAAUGACAAUUGUAGAAAUCUUAGAAUCUAUUCUCCUACCACUACUUUCCACUUCUUAUUUGGAAAAUAAAAUUAAUUUUCAUUCUCUUCAAAAUUGAAUUUUUUAAUUAAUUUAAUAAUCUUUUUUAUAUGCUAUAAAUAUAUAAAAAAAAAUGAAUGGGAA